AUGACGACGGCGACGACGACGACUUCGGUGGUUCGGGGGUCAAUCCCCGCACCGGUCGUGACACCACCGCCCACCCGGGGUCCAACUCCAUCGCCGAGGGGGACAGCCGGCGGCAAUUCCACCUCGCCGCCGGCGCUCGCGCCCAGGACGAGGGCGCGAGCCAGGAGGGCCGCCACCGAGCCCCCUCGGACGACCCCGGGGACACCUGGAAGGAGGAAGAGGACCAGCGGCACCCCCCUGGCGGUGGUACCAGUCGCGACCGGAAGAAGGACGCCGCCGACGACAUCACCGGCGGCAGUAGGAUGCCCCACACCGAGGAGAGGGAGAAGCGCCCGGGCGACGUCCCUUCCGCCCGGGGGACAGACGGAGGGGGGCAACACCACCGCCCCCAUCUCCCCGGAUGUGGGGACGACAAGGAGAAGGAGGGGGAGGAAACUCCCGGCCAUCGAGGAGUCGUCGUCGGGAGAAGAAAAAGAGGCAGCGGCGGUUCCGUCGUCGUCGUCGGACGAGGAUUGGAGAGUGGCGGCCUCCAGAAGAGGACGGAAGAGGGCAGGGCUGCGGACUCCCGUGCCGGGGGAGCAUAGAAAAGGAACGGGAAGAAGAGGAAGGCCCCCCGGCAGCGCCAGAGCGGUCGGACCUCCCGUGGAGGCGGAACGGGGCCAAAACAUGGACCGAGGCCCACAUAGUAAUAAUAAUAAUAAUAAUAAUAAUAAUAAUACCAGUGACAGGAACGUCACUGAGGAUAAUGGCUGUAAAAAGGUUCUGUGA